UUGUUUUUUUUUUUUGCCUAAAUGCCAUUUUGAACGCACCCUAAUUGUGGAGUUCAGAGGGACAACAGAGGGAGAAGCAUGGCUGCUCUUAGAAGGCUGCAGAAUGUUCUCACUCAUUCAGCACAGCCCUCUUAUCUCUUUCGCUCUCGAAGAGGCAUCGCUUCCAAGCUCUUUGUCGGAGGGAUUUCAUUUUACACCACAGAAAAGGUGUUGUCAAAUGCAUUUUCUCAGUUUGGCCAAGUCAUUGAAGCUAAAAUAGUCACUAAUAGAACCUCAGAAAAAUCAAAGGGGUUUGGGUUUGUCACUUAUGCAUCACAAGAUGAAGCAGAUAGAGCUCUGAGAGAGAUGAAUGGGAAGCCUCUACAUGGGCGUGUUAUCUUUGUUGACCAUGCGAAACCCAAAACUUUUGGUGGUGAUGGCAUGCUAGUAGCCAGAGGACCUCCAGCAAAGAAGAGCAACACUGAAGCAGGAAUCGGAACAGUUGCUGAAGAAGAAAUUCUUCAUACUGUCACUGAAGAAGGAAUUGGAAGUCCAAGAUGAGACUGUCUGCAUGUUAGCUUAUAUACAGUAGUAGCACUACAACUAUUCUACUAAGUAAUGAGUAUUUUUUCUACAUUAGAGUAAAGCUGCACAUACUAGAAGAAUGAUGCUUGAAGUUUGUAGAAACGAGUUUCUCCUACCACUAACAUAUGGGAGAGUGUAGGAUUCAAAAUCUAUAUAAAAAAGCAUUGAUUAUAUUCCAUUUUUCUUUCCAUUUGAAAAGUUA